AUGGGUUACUUUUCAACCCUGCCUGACUACCUGCUUAACCUCGACGUAUUCCACCUCGUUCCCUAUAUGACUUCUCAAGCUGGCUCCAUGCAGGAGAAGGGAAUUUCAACCCAAACCAGGCCGACGCAUGCUGGACACAAUCAUAAACCUUCCUCACUGGCGUCGUCAAGGACCCAAAUUAAUCAUAGAGAGAACGCUAUCGAUAGCGGUAUCGUCCUUGGCUUUGCCCGCUAUGGUCAUCCAGAUGGUCCAAUAUAUCUUCCUACGGAUCGUGACUACUUUAACCGUUUAGUACCAAUUUCAAAGGACGCCUGGAGCAAGUACUCUCCGACAUGGGAAGGUUUUCGGGAGUUCUGGGAUCUCCUUGAAAGUGGGGGAUUUGACCAGGACGGCCAGCAAGGACAACAAGCACAACAAGCACAGCCCCAGCAACCUCAGCAACUUACGAAGCUCACACUUGCCAACCCUCCGUCCGACCUCAUAGCAAGCUUCAAUACAGACCUAAAGCCUGACCCAGACGUGCAGAGGACAGAACAGAUUGAAGUUAGAAACCUCGCAGUUGUUGUCUGUGCACCGAGCCUGACUACCGCAGUCGCCCAAGAUCUCGAGAGUAAUGGAUACGAGGUUGACCCCCUUGCUCUCAUGCCCUUCAGAGCCAAGCCAGUUCCAUUUGAGCAUAGGGAUAAAACUAUGAUCAUUCAACUCGGAUUUCCACGGCGCCCUCUAGGACUAUGGCUACUACAAGAAGGGCCCAUUGACCAGUGCCCAGAAAAGAAUGUAGUAGUAAUAGACAACAAUUAUCGAAGUAAGCCAUCCUACCUAUACACGAGUAUAAACCAACCCCGCGUCGAUCCAGAGGGCCACAUCCGCAUGGACUCGCUGUUGCUCCAUAUCAAGGAGGUAGACGGUAUACCGACGAUCCUGUCCUUCGCACACUCCGGGGACGUGGCAGAAAGCAUGAAGAUGACAAUUGAGAACAAUUACUGGAAACCUCGAUUCCAAGACCAGUCAGAGGGCCGUGAUAUUUCCCAACGCCUUCCAUUGCCGUUCUUCUGGUACGCAGUGCGGCGCUGGGAUGAGGUCUCUGAAGCGGUUGAUACGUUCAUCGGGAGCAUGGAAACAGUAUUUAAAUCACAGACCGCGCAACGGUUGCACGUCCUCCGCGCCCACAUUCUUCACAGCGAAGGCCUUCUGAUGAGGUUCGGAGAAAUUCUCGCUGCAAUCAAGACCAAUACCAAGGACGCCAUCGUCAUGGCAGAGUGCGAGAAGCUCCUCAAGGAAUGUCAACGUUUCGAAUUUCAGAGGAAGAUGCACGAAGAACGAGCAAAACAUAUUAUUGAUAUAAUGUAUAGUCACUCUGCUGAUAGAGCAGCGGAAGCUUCAGUUCGUGAUAGCAGAGAUAUGAUGCAAGUCUCUCGCCUUACAAUGUUAUUUCUACCUGCGUCGGUAAUGGCCGGGAUAUUUGGCAUAAACUCAGCUGUCUUCGACGCACAAACUAGCUUAAUCGUCUAUUUGAUCCUUACUAUCCCUCUUACCUUGGUAAUCAUCUGGGUCUUCGUGGCGAUCCAGGUGGAAAACUACUUCAAGAAUUUCCCUCGAGGCGCUUGGUAUUAUCGGGCUUUCUGGCCUUUUUAUGUGUUCGGGCAUAAUGUUCGUGCUGUUGACGCGACGCCUGUUUGA